GGCGGAAGUGAAGCGCGGCACUGCGUGGUGUGCCCGAAAUGGCGGCGGCCAAGAGGAAGCGUGCGGGCCCUGCGGAGCGGCCGGCGAAGCGGGCCAAGGCGGCGCCGAGCGCGGCCGAGCCGGGAGACUCGGCGGCACCGGAGGAGUACAGGAUCCCGCCGCCGGUGUCACAGGGUAAAUGGAAGAACAAGGAACGAGUGCUUAUUUUUUCUUCUCGUGGUAUUAAUUUCAGAACAAGGCACCUAAUGCAAGACCUGAGGACAUUGAUGCCUCAUUCUAAAGCAGAUACUAAAAUGGACCGUAAAGACCAGUUAUUUGUAAUUAACGAGGUGUGUGAAAUGAAAAACUGCAAUAAAUGCAUUUUUUUUGAAGCCAAAAAGAAACAGGAUCUCUAUAUGUGGCUUUCAAAUACACCACAGGGACCAUCAGCUAAAUUCUUAGUGCAAAAUGUUCACACUCUGGCUGAAUUGAAGAUGACAGGAAACUGCCUCAGGGGCUCACGGCCCCUUUUGUCUUUUGAUCCAAUAUUUGACAAAGAGCCACAUUAUGCCCUGCUAAAAGAAUUGUUUAUUCAGAUAUUUAGUACACCACAGUAUCACCCCAAAAGUCAGCCUUUUGUAGAUCAUGUUUUCACCUUCACUGUCACAGAUGAGAGGAUCUGGUUUCGGAAUUACCAGAUAAUAGAAGAAGAUGCAUCUCUAGUAGAAAUUGGGCCUCGUUUUGUCCUGAAUCUCAUAAAAAUCUUCCAAGGUAGCUUUGGAGGACCAACUCUGUAUGAAAAUCCCCAUUACCAGUCCCCAAAUAUGCAUCGACGGCUGGUAAGAUUAUCAGUGGCGGCUAAGUUUAGAGAGAAACAGCACGUGAAGGAAGUACAAAAGAUUAAGAAGCAAGAGAGUAAGGUGCUUAUUAAAGAAGAUCCCACUGAAGUGGUCUUUGAAAUUCCAGCUGAAGAAAAGCCAGUGGAAAUACAGCUUGUGAAACCAGAGUCAAAGCCAAUUGUUAAAGAUAAAAAGAAGCUACGCAAAAUUCAGAGGAAGAAGCAGAAAAAGCUUUUCAGAACUGAGGCAUCAGCUUAAAUGUUAAAAAUGUUGAAACCCAUUAUAUUGACAUAAUAUUGUAAAUACUUGUUGUUUACUUGUUUUUACAGGCAAAACCAACAACUUCAGUUUUAAGUAAACAGAGUAUCAUUUUAUUAGGA